UCAAAACGAACAUGGAAGGGGUUUUAGGGUUUAAACUCUGCGUGUAAAUAAUGUCAUCAAAUUCACCCAAUGAUCUGCAAAUUCUAUUACGAACCGCCAUUGAUACCUUGUUACAAAGCCUAUACAGCAGCAAUACUUGAUUCAAUUCAACUCCCACAAGAUAACCUCAAAUCCUCAGAAAGAAAAAAAAAAUAAUAAUAAUAACUUCAAGCUUCAAAAGAGCAAGAGGCAGGGAUGUUGUACAUUAUAGGACUAGGAUUAGGGGACGAGAAAGACAUUACGCUAAGGGGACUUGAAGCUGUUCAAAAAUGUCAAAAAGUUUUCAUUGAAGCUUACACUUCUCUCCUCUCGUUCGGCCUUUCCUCGGAUGGCCUUUCAACCCUGGAAAAACUCUAUGGAAAGUCAAUUACAGUUGCAGAUAGGGAAACGGUUGAGGAGAAGGCCGAUGAUAUACUAUCAGCAGCAGCUUCCUCAGAUGUUGCUUUUCUGGUAGUUGGAGACCCUUUUGGAGCUACAACACACACGGACCUUGUGGUUAGAGCGAAGAAAUUGGGUGUGGAAGUAAAGGUUGUGCAUAAUGCAUCAGUCAUGAAUGCCAUUGGGGUUUGUGGCUUACAACUCUACCGAUAUGGAGAGACGGUUUCCAUUCCCUUUUUCACAGAUUCCUGGAGGCCUGAUAGCUUUUACGAGAAGAUUCAAAGGAACCGAAAGCUGGGACUGCAUACUCUCUGCUUGUUAGAUAUUCGUGUGAAAGAACCUUCAUUAGAGUCCUUAUGCAGAGGGAAAAAGCAGUAUGAGCCGCCAAAGUUUAUGACAAUAAGCAUUGCAAUUGAGCAGCUUUUGGAGAUUGAACAAAUGCGUGGAGAAAAUGCUUACAAUGACAAGACACUCUGCGUCGGUUUUGCUCGGCUUGGUAGUGAAGAUCAAAUGGUAGUUGCUGGUACCAUGAAGCAAUUGUCAGAUGUUGAUUUUGGUCCUCCACUUCAUUGCCUUGUAAUAGUUGGCAACACUCACCCAAUAGAAGAAGAGAUGCUGGACUUCUAUGAACUGGGCAAGAUUCAGGGGCAAACUUCAUGAUAUAUUUUUUCUUUUUUGUUAAUUAGACAUCAGAUUGGAUUGUAAAUCAGGCCCUGUUGUUGUUUCAAACUUCCUUUUUUUUUUUUUUUUUUUUUUGGCAUCAUUUUGGCUUUAUUUGCCUGUGCAACCC